AUGAAUACCUUCGGCUUACAUGCAGACGGACCCUUUGGUGGGCAGGGCGGCAGUUCCUACGAUGCCAGAGAUGGUGAAGAGAAAGUCAAGCAUGUCGAUGUAUGGACCGCAAAAUACGGGGACGCCAACUACGAUGUUAUUGGAGCGAUCGAUUUCCGGUUCCAAAACGGCUAUUCGACUGGUAGAAUCGGCGGAAGGGAUCCCGCCGUCCCACUUUCCGGUCCAUAUCCAUUCGAUUUUAUGGAUGAUGAAGGAAUAGAUGACAUGUACGUCUUCGCUGGAGAUGGCGAGGGCUUUGUCAAUGGGCUCGAAUUCCACACCAACUUUGACAGAAGGUUCAAAGUUGGCGGGAGUGAGGGUCGCCCAAACCAUCUGCGGGGUCCCGAUCUUGGUGCAAAGGGUGAAUGGGCUGGCGCUACGGGCAGAGACAACUUACACGGUGCUGAUGCCGUUGUGGACAACAUGAUUCUAUAUUUCAAGGAGUGA